AAUGGAAGAGAAGAAAAUGCGAUUGAUUUGGGAUCAUCUUAGGGUUUUCUUCUCUUCUCUCCAAUCAAUGGCGAUACCUCCAGGACUUUACUCCGGCACCAGCUCCCUUGCUCUCGUGGCUCGUGCUUCGGCGUUUAGCGUGGGUCUCCUCUACGGGAGCAUGAAGCUCAAGGUCUUGAAGAUGACAAAGAAGCCACACAAGGUUGAAGCUACUGCUCAUCACUAAACCAUUGUUCUGUCUUUACAAUAAGAAACCAAACGCUUGGGGCGGGGAUGUCUUCCCGCCCUGGUUAGCAAUUUUUUUUUUGUAUGAUUCAUCUUUCAUCAUGAAAAAGGAACUAAUAUACUUCAUAGAUCAUUAAUAAAUUAUUUUCUCAAAUGUCUCAA